ACCUCCCACAUCACUGAGAACAGAGGACCCUCAGGGGACCGAAGCUUGCAGUGUCGGCCCUCCAGGACCUCAGGUUCACAGAGAACGGGGUGGUGUCGACCACCACAGAAGGGCUGGAUCCCACAGCGGUUAACAUCCUGCAGCAGAUCAUUGAGCUGGGGGCAGAGUCUAAUGAUGCCACAGCAGCCUCCAUGGUGGCCAUGGUCCCUGGCAGAGUGACCGUGGUGGAGCAGGUGACUGAGGAGGAGGAGCAGGGGAGCCACACUGUGAUGAUCCAGGACCCCUUCCAGCAGACAGCCUCCAUGGGGCUGGGUGAGGAGCACCAUCUGGUGGUGUCGUCUGAUGAUGUGGAGGGCAUGGAGACGGUCACCGUGUACACUCAGGGAGAGGACGCCUCCCAGUUCAUUGUCUAUGUCCAAGAGGCUGUGCAGACCGAGGAGCAUACUGUGGAAUCUAUCUGAGCAGGACAGAGCGUUGGUGCAGGCAUGGAGGAGCAGUCAACAGUUUCAUCCCGGGUCAUUCAGUAGGUGGAAGACAUUUUGAAAACGGGGAGAUAUUACCUGAACUUGUCCAAUUAGAACAUAGAUUUGUAUUGUUCCGUUGCUAGACAUUUUUCUACAGUGUGCCCUAUUGAACUCCACCCUGGCUUGCUCUAUGAAACCCACAACCAAUCUCCAAUGGCUUUGAUUGGAAUAACAUAGUGGCUUGAAAUGUAUCAUUUCAUCACUUAUGCCUUUUCUCUGUGAUUAGCAUUUCCUUAUGUUAAUUCAACUUAAUAUAUCAAAGGCUUUUCUUAGAAAACAAGAUUGGAAUGRACUUUUUAUACAAGUGUAUAAGUAAUUUAGUAAGGGAAUAAAAUGUGGAUAAUUAAAAUAUUCAUGGCGGGAUUCAAUCUGUAACGCUGUCGACAAUGAGCCUUUGAAAGGCUAUGUUACCGCGUUCAGAGAUCCCAUUCAAGGCAAACGCUGCAGAGGUCAUCUUAAUCGGAAAUGACCUUUUAAAUGAAAAGAGCCUUUUCAGAUUGCAUCUCAGCCUUACUUAGCUUACAACAUAGUUGCAGUUUUGGCAUGAUGUGCCUUUAAUGUUUACAACGGAUCAUUACAGGACUGGAUUCUUUAUAGGACUAGAUUGUUGAUCAUGCUUUUCUAUACACCCCCCCCAUCCUGUUGACUAAUAUUUCUACACCUAUUGGAAUGGUAGUCAAUGAACAAUUAAAUGGAUCAUGAACAACUCAA